AUGACCACUUCAUGCAGUAAAAAUGCUCAGGAAGGACCAGGGAUCAGUGUCGCUGCAUAUGUGUUAUCGCAGGAAAAAGAAUUUUUCGAGAGGAGUUCGGUGGCGAGGAUUUUGAUGUUGAGAAAACCUAUUGAAAGGGGUUUGUGUUACGGAGUAACAACGAAUCGAGAGGACUCUAUCGAGUUCGACGGAUUAGGACAGAGAAGAGCGGGAGUUGGAGGCAGUGCUGCAGUAGGUAGGGACGGGUUUUCCCCUUUCGAGAUUUUCCCACUGGGUUUGCUCAAAGCGGUUUUUCACCUGUCCGAGUAUAGGAGACACGAUCCAUUAGCACCAGAGCCCCUAGAUUUCCACGAGACAUCCAUCGAGUUCGACCCAACCUGCGACCUAGUCGUCGUGUUUCCAGUACCGUUACAGUUUGGUGGCGAAAAUGAUGAUGACGAGAGGGCCUAUUGA